CCACGCUAUGGUAACACUGGACACGUUCGUGCUGAUUUAUUUAUAAAUUAAUUUCUCUCUAUCUUGUUUCUCGCUUUGUUUCGUCGCCUGCGACGUGUUGUUUUGUGAAAAUUUGCAUCGCAUUUUUGAGCGCGUGCACUAGUGUUGGUCGGUGUGUUGACGUGCGAGGAAAAGCGACGCUGCGAAUUGCGAGAGAUCGAAAAACAAAACAUCUCGUCAUCGCAUAGCCAGCAUAUCCCAAGCAACCCAUUAAAAUCAUAACCUUGGGCGUGUAUUAAUCAAGUGAUCCCUCCUCCGAUUUCCCCCCUCAUUCGAUCUGGAUUACUUGGACGGUUGCGCCUGUUUUGUGGUUCCGCUGGCGUUUCUGUUUCCGUGCAAACAUCUGGCGAGAUAAGGGCCUACAUUAGACCGCCCCCUCGCAGCCCCCUCUCCUUCGCCACCCCCUCCGGAAGCUCCGAAUCCGAGAAAACUUGGUUGCAAAAACGGCGCUGAACAUAUACCCGCAGUUACAGUUUCGCCUUUGGACAUAACAGACGCCCGCGCAUCCGAACGUUUUUGCGAGAUGAUUCAUGUGGGCGAGAAUACGUGGAACCUGCGGAUCCUCAUCACGGAUCUGCAGGUGGAAAAGACUCUGCGGGUGAAAGGAGAUCAGCAUAUAGGAGGCGUAAUGCUGCAACUGGUGGAUCCGGAGAUGCCCAAGGAUUGGUCUGAUCAUGCUUUAUGGUGGCCCGCCAAGAACGUCUGGCUGGCCAGGACACGGUCUACUCUGGACCAGGCUGGCGUCCAGUCGGACUCCUUUCUGCACUUCACACCCAUGCACAAAACACUGAGAGUGCAGAUGCCCGAUCUUCGCUAUCUGGACUACAGAGUCAGUUUCUCGGACAAAACUUUUAAAGCCGUUGUAAACCUCUGCAAGGAUCUGGACAUACGCCACCCAGAGGAACUUUCACUUUGCAAACCCCUGGAACCGGAGCAUCUCAAGAAGAACUUCUCCAAGUUGCCGCAAGGCAAGAUUCCCGUGCCGGAGGCCAAGGGUACCUAUUUGCAACCAGCGGCGGACACGAACUCCUUUGUCCCGAUCACAGGAGCCUACAACGGCAGCAAUGGUAGUCUGGAUCGCUCGCACAAUGGCAAUCUGCUGUGUGCUCCGGCCUCACCCUAUGCCACCACUCCCCGGAGGGCAGCCACUGCCCCGGGCACGCCCAUCAGCUCGCCCACCGGCACCUGGAAGCACAACUCCACGGGCUAUGCCAGCUACGAUUCCAACUCUAGUUUCGGGGACCUCCAGGAGAAUCUGGCCAUGUCGCCCAGGUCACCCAGUCCGGAUGUAAGAGCUCGCUUGAUUCGACCCAAAUCUCGAGUGGAAAAAGCGCGUCUGAACGUGGGAUGGUUGGACUCAUCGCUUUCCAUCAUGGAGCAAGGCGUUAGGGAGUACGAUACGCUCUGCCUGCGGUUCAAAUACUUCACCUUCUUCGAUCUGAACCCCAAGAACGACCAAGUGAGAAUCAAUCAGCUGUACGAGCAGGCCAAAUGGAGCAUCUUGAACGAGGAACUGGAUGCCACCGAAGAGGAGACCCUCAUGUUCGCUGCCCUGCAGUUCCAGGUGAAUCAUCAGACGGAUUUGCAUCCACCAGGCAUCGAUUCUGGAAUAGAUACUUCCAGUCAGGAGACUGGCGGCGAGGACGACAUCGACUCGGCUCUCAACGAUUUGCAGAUCACCCUGGAAGGUCCGGGAGGUGGCAAAGAUCAGGGCAACAUUACCAGGAUACCAGAACUAUCGGACUAUCUGAAGUUCCUGAAGCCCCAGAGGUUCACCCUCAAGGGAUACAAGCGCUACUUCUUCACCUACAGGGAUCUGCAUCUGCACCUGUACAAAUCGCAGGAGGAGUCCCGGCGGGGAGCUCCCAGCAUAAGCAUCAAUUUGAAGGGCUGCGAGGUGACUCCAGAUGUUAAUCUAUCGCAGGGAAAGUUUGCCAUCCGAUUGGAAGUUCCGCCAGAGGGCAGGAAUGGCCCGAACAGCGAGGUCUGGGUGAGGUGCGAGAACGAGGAGCAGUACGCCAAGUGGAUGGCCGCCUGUCGCCUGGCCGCAAAGGGUCGCUCCCUAGCCGAUAGCUCGUACGACAGCGAAGUGAGCAGCAUUCGCUCGCUGCUCCAGAUUCAAAAACCCGUCCAGGGAGCUCAGCCCACCGUAAAUCCCAGGAGUGUCGAGCCCAUGGAUUACCUUUCCCCCAAGAUGAUGCGCAAACUAUCCAGCAAGGCAGUGCAGCGGAUCCUAGAGGCGCACGCCAACGUUCGCCAGCUACCAUUGAUGGAGGCCAAGAUGAAGUACAUCCAGGCCUGGCAAUCCCUGCCCGACUUCGGCGUCACUCUCUUCGUCAUCAAGUUCGACGGCCACAAGAAGGAGGAACUGUUGGGCGUGACCAACAACCGCAUCAUGCGCAUGGACCUCAGCUCCGGCGAUCACAUCAAGACCUGGCGCUACAACACAAUGAAGGCCUGGAACGUCAACUGGGGCAUCAAGUGCAUGAUGAUCCAGUUGGAGGGAGAGAACAUCAUCUUCUCCGUUCAGUCGGCGGACUGCAAGGUGGUGCACGAGUUCAUCGGCGGCUACAUAUUCAUGUCCAUGCGCUCCAAGGAGAACAACCAGACGCUGAACGAGGAGCUGUUCCACAAGCUGACGGGCGGCUGGUCGUAAGCGGAUUAGCGGAAUAUGGAGGAAUGGAGUGGAGUCUUACGAGUGCCAAGCACAAACCUCGUCGCAUGUUCUACAGUUUUAUCUAUAUUUACCUAAAGUAGGGUGCGUUGAGUUAUGGGUUGAAAAGUAAUCAGCGGACAAUGCUAAGCAACUUGUCCUAACACCAGUUAAAACUUCCGCAAUGUCAACAAUUAACAAGGUCAUUUUUCUGUUCUGGUUUUCAAAAGUAACCGAAAUUUAUAACUACUUUUAAAACUAUGUUUGUGUUCUUACUGUCCGCAUUUAUUUAAAGAAUAAUUAAUUUUAUGACGGCCAGAACAGCUAUUCAAAAUAUAAGAUAGACUUGGAAUAGAUCCAAGUAUUAGAAUUUGUGUUGUAUAAAUCUAGGGCAAUGCUUAACUUGAUUUAAAAUCGGAAGUAGCUUGAAAUUGUCCAAUGAUUACCUCCAUUUUUUAUCAACCCAGUCAGUCGAACCACCCUAAUCGAUAGCGUUGUGUGUAUAAGUGUUGAUGGAAGUGGAAUUCUAGACUAAUAACAAUCACCACGCUGAUAACGAUUAUGAUAACGAUGUUGUGCCUUCGCGAGAGCAAUCUUAACCCAAAACAAGUCCAAGUCAAUGUCCUGUGUUCUCUGUGUUGUCUGUUUUCUAACACAGCGUUAAAGUUUACACUACUUAAGUCCUUUUUUUACCACUUUUUCGGACUUGCGCGACUAACCCGCAGUUUUACAUAUUGUAUAUUUAUUAAACAAAUUAAUAAGCAGAAUAAAUUAUUUUAUAUGUUUUUAAUGAUCGUAAA